CGCGCUGUUCGUUAGCUCACCGGCAUUGAUCGUGAAUAUUAAAGACAAGGCUGUCUGAUUCGGUGAACUCGUUCAACUCACUCAACCAAGUGUUGUUAAUCUGUCAUUGAAUUGUUCUCUCAUUUCCCCAUCGGUUAUUCUCUCCGGGAUUCAAGGACAAUGAGAAGCCAGCAACGAAAUUGAGAUGUUCUGAUCGUCGAGACCCUGAAUGAAGACGUUCCCGUUGCACCUUUCACACUGAUUAAUGGCGGCAAAUCGAUUAUCGUCGUGACAGACUGAUCAUGACGGUUCUUAUUGAUAAAUAGACAUUCGAACUCGGGUUCGCUUUGGUUUACGCUACCAGAUUAUUCCAAUAUCUGUGUAUAUUCAUAUUGGCGAGUGUACGAUGAACACCGGUGUGAUUCUAGUCGUGAUUGUGAUGAUGCUGACGUGCCUGGUCAUGACUAAUGGUGGCAAUCAGGAUGCUGAGAGAAAGGUCAAUCGAUUAGGUGCUCACAAGCUACCGGUCAAGAUCAGAGGGACAACAGUUCGCUCAAUUACCAAAGUGCACAAAUCCGGGACGAAACCUUCUCGAAAGAAUCAAACUGCUUCGGUGAACACCACCAAUAUCUCAGAUUCAGAGGAUGGGAAUUUUUUCCAGCUACUCAAACAAGCCGAAUUGAGGGGACGACCGAAAAAAAGUAAGAAGAUGAAGCGCGCCCUGAUGGCUCUCCUCCUGGCCUACAAACUCAAAUUUGCAGCCCUCAUCCCAGCUGUCAUCGGGGGUUUGAUACUGCUGGUGAUGACAACUGGUCUCGCAGGAUUCUUCUUCGCUCUCUUCGCUGCUGUGCUAGGACUCAAAAGCACCUGAGACUUAACGGAUAUUAAUUGAAGGAAGAUGAUGGAAUAAUAAUCGAUGAAGAUUGAAAUACAUUCAUUAUUUUAUUUUACCUCGACGACUCGCGUCCAAUUACAUAAGUUAAAGAUAAAUAAAUACAUAAUUAAUAAAUAUCUGAAUGUUAAGGCUGCUCAUGGCGCCUCGUUUUCUUCUCAUUAAAUGGACUUAUAAGUCAAUCCGAUUAUAAAUCAGACGUUUUACGUUAUAACCUGGAGAUUUUUUACUUCUCUCCAUAAAAUACUAUCAAACUAUUUCAUCGUGGUGAGUAAAGAUAACAUGUAAGAAUCAAAGUUCAGUAAUGCAUAUGUACUAUCGUGCAACAGCUGUGCAAUAAGUGUGUCAUUGGACUCGCUCGACACAUAACGAUCGAUGUUGCAGGUAAAACGGAAUCCAGUUCCGGUUUGCGGGAAAUUUCAGCAAAGCAUGCAUGAUACAAUACCGCUUUACAUAGAAGAGAGAUAAAAAAAAA